GCGGAGCAGAGGCUGGAGAGCAGCGCGUCUCCCUCAGAGGUAAGACCGGAGGACAGUGACUUUACCGGGGACACGGAGAAGGGUCUAGGGAUGCGCCACUCGUGCGUAAAUCCUUGGCGCGGUCUCCGGAGCGCACAUGAAGCACGGAAAGAAAACAUCACCACCCGAGACCAUAAAUAACCAUCGUUAACCUUACCUUGGACACGUUCAGCCUAUAAAACUUAUUUAAAUCAUCUGCAACCGGGGGAGGAGAGAAUCAGAGGAGGAGGAGGAGGGAGGAUAUCUUUGGUGAGGAUAAAUUCAACACCGGCAGACUGGAGGUGAUUUGGAGCCCGACAUAAGAACAGCAAAGUGACGGGAUGGAUCCGAGUGGAGAUACACAAACUGCCAAAUGUUUGUAAAGAGCUGGAAAGCUGCGACACAAAGCUGAGAGUGGAGCGUUCAUUCAGUGAGCAUGAAGCGGAGCGUCUGGCGCGUUUUCACGGGGACGCCAAACAGAUCCACGUUGUUCCACGGACGAACUCUCCUAAGGUGACAUUUUCUCCGGAGAAACUCCAUCUGACAGGAUUAUUAUUUAAGCAUUUGGCUUCCUUGCGUCACUCUGUAAGUGUCUGUCCAGUGUAAAUCGGGGAGGUAAGAGCGCAUGAGAACAGUUGCUUUUUGUAACAUCACAGAAACUGAAACAAAAGUGAAACUAAUGACUCUAAAUUAACAAGUGUGCCCGCUGUUAUCUUCUCAGUGACUUGCUGGUGGUCCCUGGACCUCAGAUUGAGAACUGCUGCUCUAAAGACUGGGCUUUUCUCUGUUGUCUGUGAGUGGUCAGAGGCUGAGCUUGUCUGCUGAACUGUGCAUUACUAACUUUUAAGGCUCACUGACAAAUGACUGGUGUAUCCUGUGUGGGAAGAUGUCUAAAACGGAAAACAAAGACAGUGAUGUUGCUCUUAAAAACUGAUAUUUAAUUAUUUGAAAUCAGUGUAUAUUUGUCUCAAAAUGCUCAGAGACUCUUAGCGUCUCUUCAAACAUGGAGAAUGCGUCAGUGCCCGUCGGUGCACUGCCGGUCUGCAACGACUCUGUGGACUUCUACUCAGGAAACCGCACUGACCUGAACUGUACUCCUCCCUCUGAGUUUUACUUCUACGCUGACCUUUAUGUCAUUUUACCAGUCAUCUACUCUGUGAUCUGCGCAGUGGGGCUGACAGGCAACACGGCUGUCAUCUAUGUAAUCCUCAAAGCCCCCAAGAUGAAAACAGUCACCAAUAUGUUCAUCCUGAACUUGGCCAUUGCCGAUGAUUUGUUCACUUUGGUGUUGCCGAUCAACAUUGCCGAACACUUGCUGCACUACUGGCCUUUUGGUGAGGUUUUGUGCAAAGUCAUCCUCAGCAUAGACCACUACAACAUCUUCUCCAGUAUCUAUUUCCUGACAGUUAUGAGCAUUGACCGCUACCUGGUCGUUUGGGCCACGGUGAGGUCCAAGCGCAUGCCUUACCGCACCUACCGUGCAGCCAAAAUCAUCUCAUUAUGUGUCUGGAUCCUCGUCAUCCUCAUCGUCAUGCCUUUCACUGUUUUCGCUGGCGUCUACACAGACCCCAAUGAUGGGAGGAAGAGCUGCGUGCUCAGCUUCCCCAGCCCUGAGAGUUUGUGGUUCAAAGCGAGCCGGAUCUACACGCUCAUCCUGGGCUUCGCCAUUCCGGUCUCAACCAUCUGUAUCUUAUACACCAUGAUGCUCUACAAGCUGAGGAACAUGCGGCUCAACAGCAACGCCAAGGCGCUGGACAAGGCCAAGAAGAAAGUCACCAUCAUGGUGUUUAUCGUCUUGGCCGUCUGCUUGUUCUGCUGGACGCCGUUCCACCUCAGCACCAUAGUGGCUCUGACGACCGACCUGAGGACCACACCGCUCCUCAUCGGGAUCUCCUACUUCAUAACCAGCUUGAGCUACGCCAACUCCUGCCUCAACCCGUUCCUCUACGCCUUCCUGGACGACAGCUUCAGGAAAGCUUUCAAGAAGAUGUUGGAAUGUAGACCGGCCUGAAUGUACGACACAUGAAAGCUGUCGCAGAUGUUUGCAGAGUCUUACUGAGUGAGAACAGACUGUGGUGGAAAGACACAAUUGGAAAAAUCUGGGUUUGAAUUUUAACUCUCAGUUUAUGUGAUGCAGAUUUAAUAUGUGUAUGGUUUGGUUAAAGCUGCACUAGGCAAUACUGUUUGCACAUGAUAGCAAUAGGUAGUACGACCCUAUGAUUUCCGCGAUGCGAAAAACACGGAUGUAAUCAUAGAAUGUGACAAUAAAAAGUUAAAUCAGCUGUAAAACGCAGAAAAUCAUGGAAUUUGCCAAACUGUGGAUGCAGUUUAUGAAAAACAGGGUUUUCCCUACCUUGAUAAGUGUUUCGUAGCACCUAAGAUGAUUAGACAGGGAAAAUUCUAUUCUGAUUUGUCAUUGUGUCAUUUCCAGGCUCCUUGCUUCUCUCCUCCUGCACACACACACACUGGGUGGAAAAAUUUCUGAGCAGUAUAUACACCGAGCUUAUCAGGCUCAUCUGCAAAACUUCGCCCUGCACUCUCUCUCAGACUUUAACAUCAGCUAGUUUGACCAUGACGUUGCGAGUGACAGAGUUGCGAGUCAUAGCGUCUGAUGUUUCUGUGUCAAGUGGUCACUCGCAUCUUUUCUGUCAAAUGCAUUUAAAGGGCCCAGGAUGCACAUAUGAUAACUUUUGUUUUUCAAGUGUUACGAAGUAAAAUUACAUGUAUGGAAAUCAGAUUAUAUUCACAGAGAGAAAAACAGUUCCCUGCUCUCCUUAUGAAUUAAGAAAUCCAAUCAAUUGUAAGUAAGAUUACUUAAUUUUUUUAUGUUGGGUGGACAGUGUUACUGUUGGGCCCUGCAGUCAGUCAAAAGACUGAGCACUUCAACAGUAGCAGCUAAACUGAGAGCAGAGCAACAUGAAGCUCAGAUGUGGAGCUUUUAUUUUUUAACAAGAGGAUGGUUUUGUUUUUUAGCUGUAUCGAAGCACUUUACUGAUAUUAAAAAAGUCGUACAAUGUUGCAUUACAUCAAUUUUAUUGACAUUAAUUACAUUUUUAUUAUUUUUAUAUUGAAUAGUUUAAAUUUUAUGUAUCUAUCAUGUGAUUGUCAGGCCCAACCUGAAUCUGCAGAUUUUUGAAUUGUGUUCAGCGGUGAUCCAAAAUGCAGAAUUCUGCAGACUUUUUUUCGUUUGUUCGUAAUGUGAUGAAUAUUAAUUUAUGAUAACAAUGGUUUUUGAACAAAAAUAACCUCACAUAAUACAGUCAAAUCUAAAAUGGCCUCAAGCAGGCUAAAAGAACAACUGUCGAUUUUAGAAACUUUGAAUCAGGACGUUCAUUUAUUCAUGAAUACUUACAAAAAAAUUUAAACAUUUGUUGGAAAAGUUAAUCAACAAAAUGUGGGACACAUGGCCAUUAACAACCCAGUCUCACUCCUGUUGAAAUCUGGCGCUUGGGCACUGACUUGCAGCAUCAGACACUGACAAAAAAAGCUGUCCCUUAACAUCGACAGGAUGUGCAGCUGGUCGCCGUUAUAGUUUAAUGGCGUACGGCGGUGUCAGGGGGAAACACAGCAAAACAUGAACGAAAGCUAAGGCGCAGAAAGUCCGAGUGGAUGGGUCAAACAACCACUGACUUUCACCCAGGAAGUGAUGUUCAUGUCCUUUAAGUUUAUAAAGCCAAACCCUGUUUGUUUUGCCUAAACCCAACCGUGUGCAUUAUUUGGAGAAAAACAAUGUCAAUUCACGCUGUUGUACCUACGUAGUACAUUUAUUUUGAAAGACCUGUGUAUAUCCUGUGAAAACAGAAGAACAUGUGUGAGACGAAGAGCUGAUUGGGUGUCACUGUAAAGUCAUCACUUCCUGUGGGCGGAGACUAUCUCCUGCCAGCACCAGUGGUUUUUGUCACAGCUGGACUGUUUGUAUUUUUGCAGAAUUUGCCUAGUGCAGUUUUUAUGGCUCUGAGAGCACAGUGUGUGUGUGUGUGUGUGUGU